GCGUCUCCAAACUUUGACCGGCGGCUCGUUUCUUGCUCCUGCACCGAUACUCUGGUCCCAAAACAAAAACCGAGCACCACCGGAGAGGACGCACCGGAGACGCAACGUGGACGCAGACCGGAAGGAGGAUCCGCACCGGGCUGCUGGAGGAGGACAGGAUUUUAUUUUUAUGUUUUGAAAAAGGAAACCCAGAAAACAAAGAGUGAAUCUGCUGUAGCUGCACACUGACGGAGCGUCCUGCAGCCGCUCAGCAGCAGGAACAGGAUCAUGGUGAAGAUGAUGAUGAUGAUGAUGAUGAUGCGCUGAAACUCUGGGAUUUCUUCUGUGUUUUUGUUUCUGGGAUUCACACUAACAACACAUGAGUUGGAUCGACGGGACGCGCGGUUUCCACUCAGUAAAUCCUCGAGGAUUAUAAUAACGAUGGAUAAUUUCUUCACGGAGGGUGAGCGGGUUUGGUUACGGGAGGAUGAGCAGUACCUUCCCAGCACCGUGUCCUCCUGCUCCGGAGGUGUUGUUGUCUUUGCUACAGACUACGGCCAGGUGUACACCUACAAGCAGAAUGCGCUCACCAGGCAGAAGGUGCAGCCGAUGCACCACAGCAGCAUCGCGGGGGUGGAGGACAUGGCGGCGCUCGAGGACCUUCACGACGGCGCCAUCAUGCACAACCUCUGCCUGAGAUACCAGCAGAGACACAUCUAUACGUACAUCGGCUCCAUCCUGGCGGCGGUGAAUCCCUACCAGCCGCUGCCCGGCCUCUACGACCGGCCGGCGGUGGAGCUCUACAGCCGCCACCACCUCGGCGAGAUCUCCCCACACAUCUUCGCUGUCGCCAACGAGUGCUACCGCUCGCUGUGGAAGAGGCUGCAGAACCAGUGCGUCCUCAUCAGUGGAGAAAGUGGAGCCGGUAAAACUGAAAGCACCAAACUGAUCCUGAAGUUCCUGUCGGCCAUGAGCCAGCACUCGCUGGAGGCUUCGUCCAGAGACAAGACGUCUCACGUGGAGGAGGCUCUUCUGGAGAGCAGUCCCAUCAUGGAGGCCUUCGGAAACGCCAAGACCGUCUACAACAACAACUCCAGCCGCUUUGGGAAGUUUGUCCAGCUGCACUUCAGCCAGAAGGGAAACAUCCAGGGAGGCAGAAUUGUUGACUACCUCUUAGAAAAGAACCGAGUCGUCCGGCAGAACCCCGGGGAGAGAAACUACCACAUCUUCUACGCCAUUUUAGCAGGAACCAACAACCAGCAGAGAGAGGCGUUUGCUUUGACACAUCCUGACAGCUACCACUACCUGAGACAGUCCAGCUGCCACAGCGACAAGACAAUCAACGACUUGGGCACCUUCCAGGAUGUUCUGAAUGCAAUGCGAACGAUGCAGUUCACGGAGGAGAACAUCAACGAGGUUCUGCGUCUGCUGGCCGGGAUUCUUCACGCAGGAAACAUCGAGUUCAUGACGGCCGGAGGAGCUCAGGUUUCCUCCAAAUCAGCUCUCAGCCGGACCUCGGAACUUCUAGGACUGAACUCGGAGCAGCUGGCUGAAGUUCUGACCCACCGGUCCAUGAUCCUCAGGGGGGAGGAGAUCUCCACACCGCUCACCGUGGAACAGGCGGUCGACUCCAGAGACUCCAUGGCGAUGGCACUUUAUUCUCAGUGUUUCAACUGGAUCAUCCGCAAACUCAACAACCGCAUCCGAGGCAGAGAAGACUUCAAGUCCAUCAGCAUCCUGGACAUCUUUGGAUUCGAGAACUUUGAGGUCAACCGCUUCGAGCAGUUCAACAUCAACUAUGCAAAUGAGAAGCUUCAGGAAUAUUUCAACAAGCACAUUUUCUCUCUGGAGCAACUUGAAUACAACAAAGAAGGCCUCGUCUGGGUCGACAUCAACUGGAUGGACAAUGGAGAGUGUCUGGAUCUGAUCGAGAAGAAACUGGGCCUCCUGGCACUGAUGAAUGAGGAGAGUCACUUCCCCAAAGCUACAGACGACACUUUACUGGAGAAGCUCCACAGCCAGCACUCGAAAAACUCUUUUUAUGUGAAGCCCCGUGUUGCUGUUCACUACUUUGGAGUGAGACACUACGCAGGAGAGGUGGUGUACGACGUGAGGGGGAUGCUGGAGAAGAACCGAGACACCUUCAGAGACGACAUCCUCAACAUGCUGAGGGAGAGCAGGUUGGACUUUGUCUACGAUCUGUUUGAACACGUUCUGAGCCGCAACAAGCAGGACACUCUGAAGAUCAGCUCCAAGCACCGGCGGCCCACAGUCAGCACGCAGUUUAAGGAUUCUCUGCACUCCCUGAUGGCCACGCUCAGCACCUCCAACCCCUAUUUUAUUCGAUGCAUCAAACCGAACACACACAAGAUGCCUGAUCAUUUCGACCAGACGGUGGUUCUGAACCAGCUCAGAUACUCCGGCAUGUUGGAGACGGUGAAGAUUCGACGCACCGGCUUCCCCAUCCGGAGACCUUUCCAGGACUUUUGUUCGAGGUACAAGGUGCUGAUGCGAGGUGUGUUGACGCCAGAUGACCCCAGGGGGCGCUGCGUCCAGCUGCUGCAGAUCUACGACAGCAGCAGUGCAGAGUGGCAGCUGGGCAAGACCAAGGUUUUCCUCCGGGAGUCUCUGGAGCAUCGCCUGGAGAAGCAGAGGGAGGUGGAGGUGCUGAAAGCAGCCAUGACCAUCCAGGCCCACGUCAUGGGAUACAUGGCCAGGAAGCAGUACAGAAGGCUGCUGCAGUGCAUUGUGGUCAUUCAGAAGAACUACCGGGCUUUCUACUGGAGGAGGAAGUUCCUGCUCCUUCGUUGGGCAGCGCUCACCUUCCAGAAACGUCUGCGAGGGCAGCUGGCCCGCCGGGCCUUCAGCCAGCUGCUGGAGGACCGGAGAAGGAGGGUGGAGGAAGAGGAGGAGCUCCGCAGGAGGCUGGAGGAGGACCUGGAGAGGGAGAGACGGAGGCUGGAGGCUGAGAGACUCUCCAGAGAGGCUGAGGAGGCCAGAAGACUGGAGGAGCUGCAAUGUGCUGAGGAACUCGUCUCUCUGGUUCUGUCUGAACCUACAGUAGCAGCAGCUUCAUUGCCAGACACUCUGGAGGAGCUGGAGUCAGCUGAAGCCUCUGAAGAGGCCUCAGAGCCGGAGGAGGCCAUCCGUCCUCACGAGGCAUCUCAGGUGGAGGAGAUCCUGCGAUUGGAGCGGGAGAUCCAGGCGCUGCAGAGGCAGAAGGAGCGUCAGGAGCUCUCCUUGACUGAGGCCUCCCUGAACCGCCUGCAGCUCCUCCGUGACCAGGAGCUCCGGCGGCUGGAGGACGAAGCCUGCAAGGCAGCGCAGCAGUUCCUCGACUCCCUGAACUUUGACGAGAUCGACGAGUGCGUGAGGAACAUCGAGAGCUCCUUGGGCGUAGGCGAAGACGAUGAGAAGAAGGAGAACGGACGGAGGAGAGGCAAUGACGAAGAGGAGGUCGACGAAGGCUUUGGGGCUGAUGAUGAGGCCUUCAAAGACUCACCAAACCCAAGUGAGCAUGGCCACUCAGACGGCCAGCGGACAAGCGGCAUCCGAACCAGCGACGACUCGUCUGAAGAAGACCCAUACGCCAACGAUGGUGUGAUCCCGCCGCUGCCACCAACCAGCCUGCUGCACCAGCCGUUACCUGCUCCUCCGGGGCCCCCGGCCUGCCACAGCGCCUCCUCCAGUGGGGACUCGGCCUACUGCCACCCCCAGGCUUCAUCCGAGGCCCAGUCUGAUGACCUGGUGGAACUGAUACCGCCGGAUGAGGAUUCAGACUACGACCAGGACGACUACGACGAGGGCGCCAUCGUGUCCAGUGGCAGCGUGGCCUUCUCCAACCCUCGCAGCGGCCAGUGGUCUCCUGACUACCGCGGCUCUGUGGGCACCUACAACAGCUCUGGGGCCUAUCGUUUCAGCUCGGAGGGGGCUCAGUCAUCGUUUGAGGACAGCGAGGACGACUUCGACAGGUUCGACACAGACGACGAGCUUUCAUAUCGUCGGGACUCCGUGUACAGCUGCGUGACGCUUCCUUACUUCCACAGCUUCCUCUUUAUCAAAGGCGGUCUGAUGAACACGUGGAAGCGGCGCUGGUGCGUUCUGAAGGACGAGACCUUCCUGUGGUUCCGGACCAAGCAGGAGGCGCUGAAGCAGGGCUGGCUGCACAAGAAGGGAGGAGGUUCGUCCACGCUGUCCCGCCGCAACUGGAAGCGCCGCUGGUUCGUUCUGAGGCAGAGCAAACUCAUGUACUUCGAAAACGACAACGAGGACAAGAUGAAGGGGGUGCUGGACAUGCACAGUGCCAAAGAAAUCAUCGAUAACACCGGGAAAGAGAAUGGAAUCGACAUAGUGAUGCCUGAGAGGACCUACCAUCUGAUCGCAGAAUCUGCAGAGGAUGCCAGCCACUGGUUCAGCGUGCUGAGUCAGGUCCAUGGCUCCACCGAGCAGGAGAUCAGGGAGAUGCAUGAUGAGCAGGCAAACCCUCAGAACGCUGUGGGAACGCUGGAUGUGGGGAUGAUCGAUUCGGUUUGUGCCUCAGAUAAUCCGGAGAGGCCGAACUCGUUCGUCAUGAUCACAGCGAACCGAGUGCUGCACUGCAACGCCGACACCCCUGAAGAGAUGCACCACUGGAUCACUCUGCUGCAGCGCUCCAAAGGAGACACGCGCGUCGACGGGCAGGAGUUCAUCAUCCGAGGCUGGUUGCACAAAGAGAUGAAGAACAGCACUAAAGCCUCACUGAAGCUGAAGAAGCGCUGGUUCCUGCUCACACACAAUUCCCUGGACUACUAUAAGAGCUCGGAGCGUAACGCCCUGAAGCUGGGAACACUGGUGCUGAACAGCCUCUGCUCCGUGGUUCAGCCCGACGAAAAGGUCUUCAAGGAGACCGGAUACUGGAACGUGAUCGUGUACGGGCGGAAACACUCGUACCGUCUCUACUGUAAGCUGCUGAACGAAGCCACGCGGUGGGCCAACUCCAUCCAGAACGUCAUCGACACCAAAGCUCCCAUCGACACGCCGACGCAGCAGCUCAUCCAGGACAUCAAGGAGAACUGCCUGAACUCGGAGGUGGUGGAGCAGAUCUACAAGAGGAACCCCAUCCUCCGCUACAGCCACCACCCGCUGCAUUCACCGCUGCUGCCGCUGCCCUAUGGAGACAUCCACCUCACCGCUCCGAGGAGCAGAAGCUACACGACUCUGCAGGAGGAAGCCCUCAAGGUGUUCAGCUCCCUUCAGCACCUGGAGGGCGUGGCCGACCCGGUGCCCAUCAUCCAGGGCGUCCUGCAGACGGGACAGGAGCUCAAACCACUGCGUGACGAGCUCUACUGCCAGCUGAUCAAGCAAACCACUCGACCGCCGCAGCCCGGCAGCCCCGGAAACCUCUGCAGCUGGAAGAUCCUGGCCUGCAUGUCCUGCACCUUCCUCCCAACAAGAAGCAUCCUCAGAUACCUCAAGUUCCACCUGAAGAGGACUCGUGAGCUCUUUCCUGGUACAGAGAUGGACCGAUAUGCCGCCUUCGCCAUCGACUCAUUGAGGAAGACUCGAACCCGAGAGAACGUGCCGUCGCAGGAGGAGGUCCGAUCCAUCGUGGCCCGGCAGGACAUGAGCACCACGGUCCACUGUCACGGAGGAGGCUCCUGCAAGAUCACCAUCAACUCCCACACCACUGCAGGAGAGGUGGUGGAGAAACUGAUCCGCGGUUUGGCCAUGGAGGACAGCAGGAACAUGUUCGCUCUGUUUGAACACAACGACGCCACAGAGAAAGCCAUCGAGAGCCGCACGGUGGUGGCCGACGUGCUUGCCAAGUUUGAAAAGCUUUCAGCGAGUCCCGACGAAUACAACACCGGCUGGAAGUUUUACUUCAAACUCUACUGCUUCUUGGACACGGACAACGUUCCCAAAGACAGCGUGGAGUUCGCCUUCAUGUUCGAACAGGCCCAUGAAGCAGUCAUUCGUGGCCAGUAUCCGGCCCCUGAGGAGACUCUUCAGUUCCUGGCUGCCCUGAGACUCCAGUACCUGCUGGGUGACCACAACUCCCAGGCCACCGUCCCUGAAAUCUCACAGGUGUUCCCCAUGGCGCGAUUGCGGGCCCGAGUGCAGAACUCAGCCAAGACUUUCGCUCCGGGCACCGGCUCGGUGGCCGACCGCUCAGGGACGUCGGAGAGGAAACGCUCGAGCUUUCUGGAGGGAACACUGAGGCGGAGCUUCAGGAGCGGCUCGCUUAGUCGCCAGAAGCUGGAAGAGGAGAACAGCCUGGAGGCCUGGAUGAGGGAGGAGGUGGCGGCGGUCAGAACCAGCGUGAUGGACAAGUGGAAGAAACUGCAGGGGAUGAACCAGGAGCAGGCCAUGGUCAAAUACAUGACGCUGGUGAAGGAGUGGCAGGGAUAUGGAUCAACGCUGUUCAACGUCGAGUGUCGGGACGGAACGUUCCCCUCGGAGCUGUGGCUGGGUGUGAGCCGGGAGGCCAUAUCGGUGUACAAACGAGGCGAGCUGUGGCCUCUGGAGGUUUUCCCCUAUGAACAGAUUCUCUCCUUUGGAGCUCCGCUGGCCAACGCCUACAAGAUCGCUGUGGAGGGCCGAGAGCUGGUCUUCGAAACCCAAAUGGUCAUGGACAUCGCCAAGCUGAUGAAGGCCUACAUCAGCAUGAUCGUCAAGAAGCGCUACAGCAACUGUCAGUCUGUCAGCAGCCACGGCAGCCAGAGUAGCGCCUGGUGAACAUCAACCUGUAACCUCUGACCUGAUGGUGCAGCUGGAGGGUCGAUGUCGGCCACAGCCGGCUGGACGCCCGUCCUCUGCACUAUGCAUCUGACAUGUCAGACUGACUCUGAAUGCUGGAGACAAACCACAAUGCUCUUAAUGUUAACUAGCUCAAGUUAUUAUUUUGUUGACUAGUUUCAUUCCAAAACUUUACACAUCCACUCUUGUUAGAGCAGAAGUUUGGCAGUCCGUUCAAGCUGGAAGCAUCGAAGUUCGUCUUCAACAUGGAGCUGAGAAAGUGUCCUUAGUCUAUGACUGUCAAACUCUGCUCACCAAGCUUUUACAUUCUGGGAAGCAAUCCAGGACGUAGAUGAAAGACAGAAAGAAAAAGUGGUUUUAAAUAAAAAAAUUUUUACCAAAAUUCAAAGAAUGCUGGCCCUUGGAAGGAGGUCAGAACAGAAGUGAUUCAAUGGCAACACAGACCAGCAAGAAGCUGCAUGCGCUUUACUUGAUCUCAGAUUCCAACAUUUCAUGUUACAAUAGAUAUGCAGUAGGAGCACAAAGACACUAGGAGGUAUUAAUAUCAGCAAAACUAUUGGCGAUGUUGGACUUUAUGUGCUUAAAAAACAAAGUUUUUUCAAUGGUGUCGUCACCAACCCUUCCUAUCAUUUCUCAGUUUCUACAUCCUCAACUCCUUUUCACACAUCUUAGUCCGCCCCACCAGGGAUAUAAGCAGAAGAGGCAAGGAAGAGAUAUGAGCAGAGGAGUCGAGACAACAGGCAUUUAAUGAAAUAGACUUUCUCGCCUUGGAACUUUUGUUUUAAAGUGACGUCAGUUAAAUAUACAGCCGUGCAUCCUUGCUUGUAGCCUCCCCUUCUCACCUUAAGAGGCAUUUCAGGAGUUAAGACAUUCUUCAAGAUGGUGCUGAUGAGACAAGGAAGCUCAAAAUGAGAUGAGCCUCAAGUCCUGAUGCAGACCAUUGUAAUUCAACUGUGCAGGUUUGCAGUGACAAGCAGGAAAGUUUGUAGAAAAGUGCUGUGGCCAAAGACGGAGGAGUUCAUGCAAAUCAAUCACAAGAAGCAGCCUAAAAACGCUUCUAAUUAUUGAGAUGAUGAGAGAUUCGAUGGUAAGCGAGGUUCAGUGUUUAAAAAGUAAAAGGACGACGUUCAUGAUCAAUCACCAGAGUUCAAACAAAUCAGUAUUCAGAGCUUUAAAUUAAAUUAAAUAUGCACAGAUGGAAGCUUGUGAAGGCAGAAUAUCUGAAUCACUGAACUUCCUCUGCAUUUAUGCAGCUUCUAGUUGGGCUCCAACAAAUUGGCACUUCAUCAAUUUUGUAAUCACUACUGAAUUACUUGCUUUAAGAGUUAUUGACAUGCUGGAAUUACUUAAUCGUUGACCUUGACAACCUUAAAUGAGGGUUUUACGAGUUGGACGUGGUCUGCAAUCCAUUUGUCCUUAAAUAUUUUUUUACAGAAGGGAUAACAACUUUAUAUUCGUAUCUCAGUCCAAGUAUAAAAUUAAAGUGCUGCCCAAUGGAACCAAGGAUGGUACUCAAACAACCCAAGACCUCAUUGUGACCCUCGAGGAAGCAAAGACUUGUGUUCCCAAACUCAAAAAGAAACAAAUUCAAAUUUGAGAAAGAAAACCAGUUAAAGAAAAAAGGUGGAUGUGUCUUGUUUUGGAAGAAAACUGUUAAUUAUUUCCUGAUGCUAACCCACUGUGGCACUACAAGGACUGUUGUUGCAGGACGGGCCGGUUUGUUACUGAGGCUUUUAGUUAGUGUGACUGUGUGUGUGAGAGGAUGACUUUUAGGAAAAGUGUGUCUACAGGCUGUCCGAAUGUAAAAAAGAAAAAAGAAAGGCAACCUAAAAGCCUUUUUCUCUGCUUUGAGAAACUCGGGGACUCGUCCAGGAUGAUCUGCUCACUGUAAAUAUUAUGCAACUGUACUUGUCUCAAGCUUUUUCAGUUUGCGACUGAUUGUUUCAAUUGAUUUGCUGACAAUACGAAGGUCACAAGUGCCUGUUUAAAGCAAAGCAGGACUAAUCAGACGUUGUCUUAUCGAUGCCACUCUUGUUCCUGUGUAACCACAAUCUGAAAGGUGCUCCGACGUUCCCUUUAACUGCCAAUGUACUUGUAACACUGCAAAGUACGUCCAGCUGUGCAAGUCAUUCAAGUAUGAAACCUGUUUGUUUUUGUUUUUUUUUAACUGAACCAAAAGCAGUCGGAAAAUUGAUGAAAAAGUACAUUUGCCAAAUGUACUUUUUGAGUCUUUUACUGUUCAUACUAAAGUAUCCAUCCUUUUAUUGUAGCUGGUUAUAUUAGCCAGUUAGCAGCAAUGCUACAAUGGCAAUAUUGGAUAGUGAUGAGAUGAAUUUAACAUUCCUGACUGGAUUUUAAUUUUUUACUUAACUGAUUUUGCCGAAAAUGUUCCUCAUUGCAAUAUCAGAACUACAUAGACUAAAAUUACUUGAAUUUAGCUGUUGGCUAAUGUUUUAGACAGUCCUUCACAUUAGUCUUUGAUCCCUGUCGACCUCUACUGGCCACAAGUGGGAACAGUAACAUUGCAAACACUGACUUAACCCACAGGGGCCUGAAAGUGGUGUUUUUAGGGAUUAUGUGGUUUCUCUACACCUGCAAAUGUGCAAAAGCUCCCACAUAGCUGCAGCAACAAUAGUUCGGACAUCAUGAGAAGUAAUUGAUGUACUUCUAUGGGAUCAGUCAGGUUUGGGUUUGAAUGACUUGUUCAGUUGGAGGGUUUGCAAUGUAACAUUCCUACAACAUUUCACUGGAGCUCCGCGGGCGGCAGAUCCAUCCAAAGAUGCGUGUGCAGGUUUGUUCCUCAGUGCCUUGUUGUAUAUUGUGUACACUUAUUUUGUUUUCCAUGUGUGGAUUCUUUUUUUUUUUUUUUUUGGUAUAAUGUGCAAUGUUAUUAUAUAUUAUAUAAUCAUGUGGCUGUACAUUUUAUACUAUAAGUCUUUGCCUUCUAUUUUUUUCUCUCAAAUGAUGAACACAAAGCAAUUUUCUCAAGAUGUCAAAUCUUGUAUUUUUCUCUACAUAACUAUCCAGCUGACGGUGGAAAUUUGACAAUACUGGUAUCUUUUUGUUUUUUCUUAUCUGUAUUAGCUGUGUUAUGUGUUGAACUGUUGAUUUUAACAAUAAAUGGUUACACAUUU